AUUGGGUGAUAAAUGGUCCAGGUUGAGUCUUAGAGCUUUCUGAUAAAAAACAGAGUGGGUGUCCUGCUUUUUCUUGGAAGGAUCUUGAAGCUUGUUGGCAUCAUGAUUCCAAAUUGGUUUGAACACAUAUUCCGCCCACUGGUACUUCAUACACUUUGGAUGGAACUCUAAAAGCAAAUGCACUUCAUGUUUUGAGGCUGUUUGUGCUGAUUCUCAAAACUCAAAUAUUAUUGAUUUCUAAUAUUUUUUUAUGUUUCAAGGCUAUUUUUGCAUGACACACACAAAUUUCAUUAAUUCUAGCCCACUUCUACUUUCUUUGCUUUAAGUGCUUCCUCAAGGUCAGGAUAACUACCGACCAGCAAAGAUAAAUCAGAGUCCACAAUCAACAAAUUUAUCUUCUAAAAGCUACAAAAAAUUAAAAGAGAGGGUGAAGACACUAACAACAGUAGACAAUUGAUUAAACUGCAAGAGAACAAAUCGUGCUUCUCCUCUGAAUGACUGGAGGAUCCUCUGAAACAUCUACCUUGGCCAAAUAAAGGGUUGUUUGGUUGUUUUCAAGUAGUUUUGGAACCAAGUUUUUCAUGGAUCCAUCAGAAUUUUUGUCAUCACAGAAAGAAAGAUAAUUUUUUCCAUUGAAAACCGUAAUUAAAGGACCAAAGACCCCAGAAUUUUCCUCAAUAAGUUCAAAUUCACAAAGACAUCUGGAAUAACCUCUAUUCAUAUUAUAUCUAUAAUUUUAAGGAAACAAACUUUAAUUCAUUUCUACCAUCGCCCAACAAAAAGACUUAGAGGCAAUCUAUACUGGCAGCGAACACAAUUAGGGGUAUAGAGAUUUCCUUACCCUUUUCCUUGAUUUGUGCAUCAUUGACUGGAUCUUUAGUGCCCAGAACACAAACUUGACUAGAAAGAAAGUAAUGAGUGUACUUGGUGACAAAAAACCAUGGAACUAUGAAGCAAGACUUACUAACAAAAGACUGACAGCGGAUACAAUUAGACAGGAUACAAUUAGACAGCUCAAUUUCAUGGACCUUUAUCCUAAUACAGAUGCUGUGUCUUACUCUGGCAACUCAAUCUCAUGAAAUUCCUCAGUGGUGAGAUCAAAAGCAAGGAUGAAAGGUGGUGUGUUGUAUCUGGAAUCCCAAUAUGCCACCUAAUUCAGCACACUUCCAACAAGCAGACCUUGUGAUGUGCUAUAGCUACAGAUCCCAGUAUUAAAGUAAGGACUUGGAGGACUAGUUUUGUGUGUGAUUUGAGGGCUUCCCUGGACCAGAGUCAUACCCAAAUCCCUGUAGAAAAAACAUACUAUUAGAUUCCCGGCUUCUAGUGAAGGAUAGUUCCCUGUGGCUUAAAGCCAAUCAGGCCAUUACAUGUACCUCUUAUAAAAAGGUUGUUGCCUUCCAAGAUUGCAUCCGGGACAGGUGCUCUGUCAAGCUGGUACUGGAACAAUCCAAAUCCAUGGAGUAGACACUGUGGACAGUGUGUCUGGCUAUGCCGACAAAAACCAGGACUCCCCUCUUGAUUUCAGAUAUCAAGGAACACCAUGACUAGGAGAUACAUCAGAUAAUCAACCAAUAAUGUCUAUAGUUUGGCAGCUAUCAAUCACUGGAAUCCCUGAACUGUAAUCUUUACCUCAAUCUGAUCACAGGGUCCAUCUAUUGUAACUGUCCAUCCAUCUGGUGUUGAGAAAACUCUACAUGAACGCAUACAUGAAUUGAAAGGGUGGUAUGGAGACAAGCAGGGAAAAAUGUUUUGGGUUUGGGUGGAUCCUGUAUUAUCUACACAUAAUGGUUCAAGCAUCACAUGGCUGGUGGAUUUCAAUAAGUGGGAGCCGUGUGGUAAUGUGCGGUGCUGUUGUGUAACCCCUGAAAAGAUCAAUGCUAAUCCGAGAAAGCUAGAACAUUAUAACGUGCAAACCAACUAUUCAAAAUGAUUUGCGGCUACAAGGAUCACAUGGGUUCAUCAGGAUGCAUGUACAACAGACGUGGCUGCAAGGAUCAAAAAUGAAAGAGCAUUCAGCCUGGUUGCUCUAGAUUGAUAUCAGAUACUAUCCCUAACCAUUCUGGUUCUAGAGUAUUCAGUAUUCAACUGAAGUAUAAAUGUACUAAUAAUGCUAAUAUUUCAUUUCUUAUAUAUAAAACUAUACAUAGUCUCAGGAUACCAGAGAUCAUUCCCUUAACCUUGAAUAAUAUUUCUUUAGGGUU